GGAGAUGGCUGAAGGAUCAAGAGGUAAAGUGAAGUUUAGUAGAAUGCAAUAGGGCAGAUUCAGUAGAGGGUAAGAGGUUUAUAUGAAAGCAUGUAAGGGAAUAGCUGAGUAGGUUUUCUUGGAGUCCUCUAGAUGGAAACACAAGAAUAAAGGGUGUGGAAAUGGACCUUUCUAGAAUUUUCUAGGAGAAGAAGAAGACAUUAGAAAAGUAGAGUAAAACAGAGCAGAACUAGAAUAAACUGGACUUUGAAUUGAGCCAUGGAGCUGCUGGAAGUGUUUUAUCGGAGGAAGCUGAGGAAGAAGCAGAAGAAGGCAGAGCUGGGCCGGUCAGACGGGGCACUGUGCCGGUCACCGUCAGAGGCCAGCGCCAACAGCCUGGCGACGGGUCUCAUCUCCAAAGUCCUCAGGUUCACCUCCAGACGCAGUGUGCCGGCGUCUCGUCCUCACUCUUGGCAUUCAGCAAAGCUCAGUGAAGCUCGACAGGAGUUGGAACAGGACAAGAUGGAUGCAAUAAGCAGCUCCUGGCACAACAGCUAUCAUGCUAGUGCCUCGACCACUGACCUGUCCAGUGGCUUUGACACUGGGCUUAGCUACCUGAGGAAGAGUCCGGACCAGUACAGCUCUAGGGGCAGCAUGGAGAGCCUGGACCCUACGCAGUCCUCCCAGCUUCACUCUGGAGCUCAGCACCACCACCCACUUGGUCACCACAUCCUCAGCGGACCCCACCACACCUAUUCCUCCUGCCACCAGCUGUCCUCUGCCAGGUCCUCCAACAGCAUCGACCACCUCCACAGCAAACGAGACUCUGCCUACUCCUCCUUCUCCACUAGUUCCAGUAUCCCUGAGUACCUUGCCUCCACCCCCUCCUUUAGCCCAGAGCGCUCCUGUUCACUAGAGACUGUCCCCCAGAGAGGAGGAGGAAGUGGCGAGAUGCAACAGGCUGACAUGCGUUUCGUCCAGACAGUUUAUGAUUCCCAGCAGGGUCUAUCUCAAGAACAUGGGCUAAGCUCCACCUCCGCCGCAUUGCUGUGCAAUAGUGAUUCCAGAGGUGGGGGAGGGGUGAGGCCAGGGCUAAGCCGAGAUCCACAAGUUUCAGUGGGCGGGGUCUGUUAUCAUGGCGGCGGCAACAGCAGUGGCAGCGUACCAGCUUCUAACAGACAUAGUGUGGGUCCAGUAUGGGGCCCAGCAGCUAGCCACAGCUCCUAUGAGAGUCUGAGGGGAGCGCCGGCUCCACCGAGGCGCAGUGACAGCUACGCUGCCAUCAGGAACCAUGAAAGACCAAACUCCUGGUCCAGUCAGGAGCAUGCCCGAUCGCUACGGUUUCUACAGAAAGGUUCCUGGCAUCACUCCAGUGGUCCUGUGGCCUCCAGUGCAGCUAAAGGCUCGUACGGGGCAGAGGGUCAGCUGCACACGGUGAUAGAGAAAAGUCCAGAGAGCAGCCCCACCACAAAACCCCGGCAGGGUGGAGGUUAUUUCCAGUCGUCUUCACCUCCUGAACCCUCAUCUGGACUUGCAGCCCCCACCCUCGAGUCUGGCCAGCUUAUUCUUCCCACAGGCAUGUACCCUGUCCCCCAGCCUGAACCCCACUUUGCACAGAUGCCCAGCUCCAGCCCCGGUCCAGUCUCCUCUGGAGUCUACCCUACCCUUGCCAGGGAGAGCAGCCGACAGCAGCACCAGGGGCAGCAGGGAAUUGGAGGGAGGGAUGAAGGCACCAUAGAGGGGCGAAGGGAUGAAAGGACAUCAUCUACAGAAAAUGGAUACCAAAAUUACACUUCUUCUUCAUCAUAUCCCCAGUUCUCUUAUUCCUCUUCACAGCUCUGGACUCAAGCACAUGGGGCAGAGAGGUCAGCAGACCAAACCAGCAUUCAUUCAGACCCAGUGAUGGCAUCCAGGCUCAGCCAGGGACAGGGGCCACCUACCCACAUACUCGUUCAGUCUCAGGCUCCACCCACUUCCCAGAGUUUUCCCCGUCACUUCAGUGACUCAGCAGCUCUGCAAUACUGGGAUGACAGAGAACUGGACAAAGACAGAGAACAUCCACUGACCCAUCUAGAGAUCGCCCUUGCUGAGGUCCAGCGAUGCGCCAGCCCUGGCGGUGAUUCCUCCACCAAUAGCCAUGGCAACAGUAGAUUUGUUGAUGACAGUCCAGGACCUGUCCACAGCCUCUCUGUCUUGGAGAAAGUCAGUCAUUUUGAGCGUCGAGAACGUGCUGGAAGGCAGCGUAGUUACAGCACAACCAGCGCACACAAAAAAGCCAUCCGUUUGCGGAUGUCUGAGAAAGCACGCAACACGUCCUGUGGAGCAGAUGACCUGAGAAACAUGUUGGCAAGAAGCACCAGUAUGACCAAAGCUCAAAGAACUCUGAGCUACAGAGGAGGCAGCAGCGACCACAUGAAAUGCAGGACCCCAGCAGAUCCCAUUUCAGCCCUCCAGAGGAGCCGCAGCAGCUUUCACCUGGAGGGAUCCAGGGAGCGAGACAGCAGCAAAGAGUUCCCUUGGGUACAAGACACCCAGGAGAUGCUGGGCUCCAUGCAGGAUACAUCUUUCAGCAGGUCUUACAGAGACUCUUUGAAAGAUGCCCAGUCUAAGGUUCUGCGGUCCACCUCCUUCAGACAGAGAGACUUCAGGUCAUCAGGCAGCCCUCCACCUCCUUCAGCUUUUCCUCCCAUGUCCUUUUCCAGCAAUGAUCAGCCUUCACCCAUUCCUGCCAAGCACCACUCCCUGGAGAAAAAAGGCCCAAGAACCAUGCCCAAACCACAGGGCAUCACCAUCACACCACAAUUGCCACCACAGGUCAUUUCCCCUCACACCCCAAAGGAGCGGCAUAUGGUUAGCCCAGAGAGUCGUGGCUCGAGCCCCCCAGCCCUUCCCAGUGUUCCACCAGUUGGACCUCAUAGGAUAGGUGGCCGCAGGCGUCUGACAGCAGACCAGAAGAAGCGCUCGUACUCAGAGCCAGAGAACAUGAACGAGGUUGGGGUUUUGGAUAUUGAGACUGCUGCCCUCUUCAGGCAUGGAGGAGAGACCAGUGUGGCAGACAGACGGAAGAUGUUUGAACCUCCUGCAAGUCGCAUCGGGGGUGGGGGUCCUCAGAGCACCACAUCAAGGCCCGACCUACGGCAGCUUCAGCAUGACGCGCUUGCCGAGUAUGUGGAGAGGAAGAGAAGUGGGAAGAGAGACGACAGAGAACAGAGUAAACCAAGGCCUCGCAGUGUUUAUCUACAACCUGACAACAGUAACCAUACAGACACCCUCAGCUUCUCCUCCAGUCUACUCUCCCUCCAGGACUCUGGCACAGAUCGAAGCUUCUCCUCUGAGGAGAGACGUCUCUGCUCCACUCUCCCUCCUGGAGCCGACCUGCAGAGUCACCAGUCCAACCUCUUCUACCAAGGCAGGGCGACUACACCAAGGCCUCCAUCACAUCCACCACCUAGUGCUCUUGCUGGCUCUUUUCCUGAGCCCCAGGCCCCGAUCCUCCAGACUCUCACCCAUGAAGCAGGUCUCAACGGACAGAGUCAGCCUUUGAACAAAGACCGAGGCCUGGGCCACCAGCAGCAGGUUGCCGAGCCUCAACACAAACAGCUCAGUGGGGCUCUGCAGAGCAGUGGGCCAGCUCGAAGCUCUGGGAAGUCAGCUUCUGCUGAGGAUCUCCUGAAGCGAACCGAGGAGAGGCAAACGACUUCUCAACACCACCGCUCUCUCUCUUCCCCCACUGUGGAAACACUGCACCAGGAUUUCCCUCCAGGUGAUGUCAGGAUGUUUGGUGAGGUCAUCUCUGAAACUGGGCGCUGCUCUCUGGCUGAUGACAGACCUGCAGACAUCCAGGUGUCAGCGGGACUCAUCCCUCCUCAGCCACUCCAGGACAGUCUGAACACUAUCCAAGGCUCCACCUACACUCCCGUCACCCGCAGAGAGAGACAGAGGAACAGCGAACGCCAUCGAGCCCACAGCACCGCCACAUUGGCAGCCUCUGUUGGCCUGCCCUGCCCCUUCUCCCCACCUGGGACUCAGGAAGGAAAUAGCACUGAGUGGCAAGCCAGCGAGAGGCUGAGCCUGGCCCAUCUGGAUGCCAUCGUCUUCUCAGGCAUCCAGCAAACUACCACAUGUGAUGGCGAUGGCAGUGAGGGUGUGGCCAAUAAUGGUGCCAGCCUCACUGAGACCCAGGUGACAGAUAGACAGACGAGACACAGUUUGAGUGACCCCAGCCCAUUAGAAGGCACUGAGAAGGACAGGUACAGAGGGAGAGCCUACAGCUUUGAGAUGAAAGGUGGGCAUUCCACCAACCAAGUUUCCCCAGUGACACCAGUACCCCUGCCCCAUUUCCAGCUUGCAGCACCACAAAACAACAAGAGCACCACAUCAUUUCCUCCCCCAUCUAUCCGCCACCUGUCCUCACUGCGAAUCUCUGAGUCCAGCCUCCUCAGCUCUCUUGACAACCCGAAACCACUAGAAUCUUCCACGGGCAUGUGGCAGGAGGACUGUGAUGAGGUCUUCCUCCAAGAUCCCCCUCCUCCAUCACCUCCUCCUCCAAUCAAAGAGUCAAGCAUCAUGGAGAAUUUCCCUCCUCCUGUUGAUUCUGAGCAAGAAACUGGACACAAGACAAGGUCUAGUUCGGAAUUCUUAAACAACUCCAGCAUUCCCAAGAGGAAGUCAUCCCUCCCCUCCCCUCCAUUGUCCCCUUCCUCUUCCACCUUUCCUUCUCCUGUGCCUAGCCUACUUCCUUACCUGAAGCCGCAGCCCUCCACCAUCACCACAUCUACCACAGCUGAGGACAGCCUAGGUCUUGAGUACCAGCCCCUGCCCAAGAGGGAAAAGACAUCAGAGGAGCUGCAGGUGGAGAUGCUGGCCCGGCAGCUGGUAUUGCAGGACUGCUCUCUGGCGCCCCUCCUGGACACGUGGGGCGGUAAGUCCACCGUUGAGCUUAUGGCAGAGAUCUUUCCAGACAGCAAACUGGUUGGCACAUCACAAAUGCAGUGCAAGGACAGUAGCCAGUUGAAUGACAGGAUCCAUGAUGGCAUCUGUGAUGCUGCUCCGAGUGUGGCAAUGGAUGGAGAGAUGGAGAUCAGUUUAGAUGAGGAUGAGAAAGGCCUCAUUACCAGAAAGGUGGAUCUGUGUGAGGCUCUGAGGAGGAGCGUAGCAGUUCUACAGAAGGAGAAGGAGGUGCUCUGUGAAGAGCAGAAGCAUCACCAGGCACUGGGGGCGAGCCUCGAAAUGUUGGUACAGGAACACCUCAAAACCAAUGAGAAGGAGAAGUACAGCAUGUUCAUCGGAGAUUUGGAGAAAAUUGUGAACCUGCUGCUGUCUCUGUGCAGCCGCCUGUCAAGGAUCGACAGGUCUUUGCUCGCUGUGGGGAGAGAGGAGGUGACGCAGGAGGGCAUAGCAGAGGAAAGGAAAUCCCUCCAACACAAACGUUCUGUGCUCCUUCGUCAAACUGAUGACGCCCGAGAGCUGAAGGAGAAUUUGGACCGGAGGCAACGGGUGGUCCAGGGCAUCCUGUCCAACUACCUCACUGAACCACAGCUCCAGGACUACUGCCACUUCGUUAGCAGUAAACCCUCUCUUCUGAUUCGCCGACGGCACCUGGAAGACCUCAUACGCCAGGGGGAAGAGCAGCUGACACGACUGGCAGAGACCCUGCCGGCAGACCUGGCAGAGGCGCACGGUUUGUCAAGAGCGAGUCCAUUCUCAUCACUGAGCUCCAUGCUCCACUCUUUGCCACCUCCACCACUGCCUCCAUCCUCUGUAAUUCAAGGCAACGCCGUCAGGCCAACCACUGUGACAUCAUUAUGAUGUCAUGGACAUGUCACUGCUACGGGAUGUGAAAUGAAGAGAUGAUUGGCUCCUUAUGUACUGAAUAUGAGCUUGAGUCAUGCUUGAAAAUGAAGAAGCUUAACAUGAAGGAAGAGAGGGCCUGAAGCAGGCUCCAUUCCCACUGAAACGACUAUGCAGGCUUCACACGUGAACAAGACAAGUCAUUAAUGUGCCUCACUGUCAUUCUGUUCACACAUGACUUUACGUUACACCUCUGUUCAUCUUAGCAGCACUACAAUUGCCCUGAAAUAACCCUGACUUUCUGUAAAAUCAACUCUUGAACUCAUUUCUGUGUCAUCUCCCAAAGAUAAAAUACUAUUAUAUGAUAAACCUUGUAAAGCCUUUCACAAGACCUGGUCAAGCUCCUGCACAUGCACAGUCAGAUGACUAAAAAGAAAUGAACACUGAAGUUGGAGGGACACCAUUUUUAUUUCACUGCAACAAAAACCUCUGUGCACAGGUCUUGAAGGGGAAAUGCUUUGAAAAAACUGUUAUGAUCACUGUCACACACUGUAACACUACUACUGCCACUACUGCCUGUACAGUAUGUCUGAAGCUUGUGGCACUUUUAGCCAUUUGACUACUGUUUGCAACAAAUUUUACACUGAAUGAUAAAAGAAGUUUCACUUCUGCGUCUGUCAGUCAUUUAAAUCUGUCAGUCUCUUUUUAAUAAUCUAUGAAAUAAUAAGAUUAAAUGCUAAGAAUAACGACCAAUUUACCAAACAAAGACGUUUAAUUUACAAUGACAAGAAACACAGAAGAGAAUCCAAUAUUCAAAUAUGAGAACCUGGAAUUAACAAAAUGAAUUAAAAAAAUAACAUGAACAAGUCAUCAAACACUGUAGAUAAAUGGCCUGCUAAUCAUAUAAGUGAAUAAACUGAGUAGUCAUUUCAUGGUGGUUAGAUGCUUUGCACAGUUUUGAGUGCAUGAGUAAAUUGACAUAGGUUCGUUUCUAUUCAACCCCAACAUUCUGGAUCCUACAUUUCCCAUAAUACAACUUGAUUGUGUCUUUUAUUUGAUAUACACUGCCUAAUUAGCACCCAUAUCUUUGACCCGCUGUUGGUAGCAUGAGCAUUCUAGUACAAAAUUUAUAUCUCACCACAGAAAACUUUACACUGUAUUUGUUUUCACAUCAUUCAAUCAUAAAAGUUGCACAUUUGUGAUCAGAUGAAGUAAAGUAGGAAAAGAAAAAGAUGUAAUUCUCAACAGUCAAGAAAAUACCAAUGCUAAAAUUAAUCAAAUUAAAAAUACAUAUAAAAUGCUGCACCACCUCACCUUUUAUUAAGCCAUGAAAUAGAAUCUCCCAUUAUCACAACAUAAUUUUGUGACAGGACACCGUUGUCUUCUCUGGACUCCCAGAAUUUUCGACAGCACACACACUAUCCCACUUUGGAUCAAUCCUAUCAUCUGCCAGUGAAGGAUUGGUUUUAUACAGGGCACACAUGUUUUAUAAUAUAUCUAACUUAACAGAUCUGUCAUGUACGGGAGUGCCAUUUUGCUUCCCUUCAGUUCUGGUUAUCUGGGGACUCCAAAUUGCAUAUGACAAGAAUAACAGUUCUGCAGGGUCAAAAUUAAUUUCAUUAAUAAAGAGCUGCAGCAGUGUGUGGAAUGUAAAAUACAGAGGUUUUUGAACAGCUGAAGUACUGAUCCGUAGAGGUUUAUACAUGUUUUCACUCUAUGAGAGCACCUUUUAAAUAUUCUGUUUGUCAUAUCCUCCAAACAGCACACAGUCUGCCUUAUGUCCUCAAUUAUAACCCACAUUUUACUGUUGAUUAUUGGUUUGUUUUAUUCCUGUUUCUUUCAGAGACACAACAGAAUAUCUCAGACAUUUCUUGGUUUAUCGUUUCAUUGAAUUCAGUGUUUGCUUUUAAAGAAGGACAAUUGCAAAACAGCUCCUAGUUUUUGCAAAAUAAAUGUAUUUUGUAAACACUUUCACACUUUGUGUUCAUGUGAAGUUGUCAUGUGUGCGCACACACUAAUAAAUAAGUAAA